AUGAACACUGCUAUCGGACCAACUAGAAAAGCCAAAUCUACUGUUACUGCCGAGCCUGUUAAUUCUUUGUUUGUGCAAUGGCUCACUGAAUGGUAUGAAAAGGCAAAGACAGAUGCGCAUGCUUUAGAUAAUAUGAAACAAUAUCCAGAGCGACUCCAAUCUGGAACAGCUGCCAUCAAGGUAAAGAGCAUUGGACCAAAAACAGCCGAGCGAUUGCAAAAGAAGCUUCAGUCUCAUUUUCAAGAAAAUCCCGAGGCUCGGAUAGAAUGGGAGCAAGCCAUCUGUAGUGACUCUGCAAAACAAUUGAAUUUGGAAAGCAAGUCGCUGUCAAACGUAGACAGAUCUGGUCAUGGGCCACUCACAAUGACUUGUAAUGAGCAAUCAGAUAGUAUAGGCGAUUUAAACUUGCAAACUUCCAAGACCAGCAGAUCCAUAAAGCCACAUUCGCGCUUUUCAAACAGUACUGCAGAAAGUACCAACAUGUACGUUCCUCGCUACAGAUCUGGAGCAUAUGCUAUUCUUUUGGCUCUUUACAAGCACGCUCCUUUAUCGUCUGUCAUGUCAAAACAAGAAAUCAUCAGCUCUGGUCAGCAGUAUACCGAAGCAUCUUUUUCCAUUUCAAACUCAACAUCCGGUCAGCCUCACACAGCAUGGAACUCCAUGGCUACUCUUAUUAAAAAAGAGUUUGUCAUUAAAACAGGUGUACCACACCGAUUUUCACUUACAGAAGAAGGCAUAUCGAUGGCUAAAUUAUUAACUCGAUUGCAAUCGUCCUCUCCAUUAAAUUCGCAGCAAGUGCAAUUGCAAUCGUCUCAGUCUAGCACAGUAUAUAUAGAGCUAUCUGGAUCUGAAAUAUCUCAUAGCGAUACUGGGAUAAGUGAUUGCAAUGAACCAUUGACAUUUGAAGACGACUGUUUUCAAGUUGAAUUGGACUCGUUGGGCGAUAUUCCUUUUUUAUCCAGUAAUACAGCGCAAGUUGGAAAUUCUGCUGCUAAUUUAUCUCGACAAACAUUACACAAGACGGUAUUUUCAUACAUAGACUGCGAUGGCAACAUGGUCAGUUCACGAAAUGAAGCCGGUGUUGCAAUAUGUGGCACGACCAACUUGCUUAUUUGGAUGAAUAUUUUAGAACAAACGUCUACAGUUCGAUAUCGAGUUCAGUUUGAUUUGCAUCAAGUUACAUCAGAGUUUUUACAACAUGUCAAAAUUGAAGAAUGUAUGAUUGAUCUAGAUCGUCAAGUACGCGGGCUUUUACACGACUCGUUUGCUCCCGACUAUUCUACAGAAAUACCUGCAUCAAGAAAUCAACAGAGCAUGCUAGACGAUCGACUUGAAAGCGCAACGCACACACCUAUAACUUCAUAUCCUUUGGUUACUAGCAAUUCUAGUAAAAUUCCUGCUACUGAUGGGUUCGUUUUACCCAAAACAUCAAAGAUUCAGCUUAUUCAUUUUCCCGCUGGCUCGUUUGAGAUUCAUUUAGUGCUUGAUUCACGAGAAGUAGUAAAGAAAUCGAAUAGACAACUAUUUCAAACAGAGCUUGCACAACUUGGCGUUCCUAUACUGACUCGAGCAUUGGCGCUGGGAGAUUUUAUUUGGGUUGCUCGGAGACGAAUCGCAAACGCAGCAACUUCAAAAGAAUUUGAAGAUCAUGAGAUUGUGUUGGACAGCAUUAUUGAACGCAAGUUGAUGAGUGAUCUCGUUGCUAGUAUAAAAGACAAUAGAUAUAAAGAGCAAAAGUUUCGGCUGAGCAACUGUGGAUUAAGCAACAUCACAUAUCUGAUAGAAGAUGGUUCUGGUAGUGAUGCUGAAGGAUUUGGAAUGGGCCGCAUUCGAGCAGCCAUGACUCAAAUACAAGUCUUGGACCAUUUUUUCCUUAAGCGAUCCAGUUCUGCUCUAGAUACUGUUGCGUACUUACAUUGCAUGACCAAAUUUAUAACGACAAUGAACAAGAAUAAGGAUUUGUAUGCAUUACGAGCCGUAGAUGUAUCCAAGGACACGGUUUUGCAAAUGCGACGCACGGUUGCAGCAGAUCUAAAAGUGAGCUUGGAUACCAUUUUACUUUCGUACGAAGCAUAUCAUGGCAUCAACACCAAAACUGGCGCAUUCACAUGUGGUGAUCUGUGGAUACGACAGUUAAUGUGUAUUCCUGGUGUCAGUGCAGAGAAAGCAGCCGUGCUAGCUGCUCGUUUUCCAACACCGCUUUCAAUGGUCAAGUCGCUUGCAAGUAUACCAGAUAAAAAAGCAAAAAUUGCCAUGCUGCGAUCACUUGGCGAGGGACGCAAAGGAGUUGGAGCAGCUCUUGCAUUGACCAUUAUAGAAUUUUUUGAAGCUGAUAUGUAUUCGAAAUAA